AUGCAGCGCAAAGAAAAAAGAGGACUGUCCGUGCUGCUGCUGGCCGCAGCCGCCAUUGUUAUCUGCCGAUGCUGGCAGCCUACAUUUGUGCCGCCUGCAGCAGGCCAGAAUCAACUCAGGACCCCGGACGUGCGCUCUCCUGAUCUGCCGCAGUCCGCCGUCGCCCUGGCGGGCCUCGCGCCGCUGGUGCUGGCACCGGAAGCCAGUGUGGCGCAGGGCUGGGAAUCCGCGGUCAUGCUGCCACUCGAGCUGAUAAACACAGGCUUGAACCUCUUCAAGACUGCUCUCGGCAUCUAUGCCCUCAUGAGCUGGCUGUAUGCUUUCGGCAUCAUUGACAUGCGAAACGACAUCGUCAUGAAGGUGCAGGGAGCACUUUCCUCCGUCAUUGACCCUGUGCUGAACCCGCUUCGGAGUGUCAUCCCUCCGCUAGGUGGCUUCGAUAUUUCUUUUAUGAUCUUGUGGUUCGUGAUCGAGCAGGCACAGGCGGCAGCGGUAACCAUCAUGUUCGGAGCCGCCAGCUACGGCAACUACUAUUACUGA